CAUCAGAAUAGCUUUCCAUUACAAGUAAGAAAAGAAGUGAUUUCAAUAAGAGAAGGCCUCAAUGGAUGCAGUCCUGGUCCUGCUGCUCAGUCUCUCCUGCCUGCUUCUCCUUUCACUGUGGCGACGGGGUUCUGGAAUAGGGAGGCUUCCUCCUGGCCCUACUCCUCUCCCAAUUAUUGGAAAUACCCUGCAGAUUAAUUUUAAAAACCUCAGCAAAUCUUUAAACAAUUUCUCAAAAGUCUAUGGCCCUGUGUUCACUCUGUAUAUGGGCAUGCAGCCCACUGUGGUGUUGCAUGGAUAUGAAGCAGUGAAGGAAUCUCUGAUUGACCAUGGGGAGGAGUUCACUGGAAGAGGCAGGCUCCCAUUGGUUGAUAAAGCUAAUAGAGGUUUUGGAAUUGCUUUCAGCAAUGGAAGCACAUGGAGAGAGAUGAGGCGCUUCUCACUCAUGACCUUGCGGAAUUUUGGGAUGGGGAAGAGGAGCAUUGAAGAGCGUGUUCAAGAGGAAGCCCGCUGCCUCGUGGAGGAGUUGAGGAAAACCAAGGGCUCACCCUGUGACCCCACUUUUAUCCUGGGUUGUGCUCCUUGCAAUGUGAUCUGCUCUAUUAUCUUCAAAAAUCGUUUUGCUUAUAAGGAUCCGGAAUUCCUUAACUUGAUAGAAAAAUUGAAUGAAAACAUCAAGGUUCUGAGUUCACCAUGGAUACAGGUCUGCAAUAAAUUCCCUGUUCUCAUGGAUUAUCUUCCAGGGAGUCAUGAUACCUUACUUAAAAAUUUUGCUUAUUUGAAGAAUUAUUUCAUGGACAAAGUGAGAGAACAUGAAGAAACACUGGAUGUUAACAACCCUCAGGACUUUAUUGAUUGCUUCCUGAUAAAAAUGAAGCAGGAAAAAGACAAUCAUCAAUCAGAGUUUAAUUAUGAAAACUUAGCAUGUACUAUAAACAAUCUGUUUGGUGCUGGGACAGAGACAACAAGCACAACCCUGAGGUAUUCUCUGUUGCUCCUGAUGAAGCACCCACACAUCACAGCUAAAGUGCAGGAAGAGAUUGAUCAUGUGAUUGGCAGACACCGGAGCCCCUGCAUGCAGGACAGGGGCUGCAUGCCCUACACAGAGGCUGUGCUGCAUGAGAUUCAGAGAUACAUUGAUCUGCUCCCCACCAACCUGCCUCAUGCAGUGACCUGUGACACAAAGUUCAGAAACUACCUCAUUCCCAAGGGCACAACCAUAUUGACAUCUCUGACAUCUGUGCUACAUGAUAACAAGGAAUUUCCCAACCCAGAAAUAUUUGACCCUGGCCACUUUCUAGAUAAGAGUGGCAACUUCACAAAAAGUGACUACUUCAUGCCUUUCUCAACAGGAAAACGGAUUUGUGUAGGAGAAGGUCUUGCCCGUAUGGAGCUGUUUUUAUUCCUGACUACCAUUUUACAGAACUUUAAACUAAAACCUCUAGUUGACCCAAAGGACAUCCACACCAUCCCAGUGGCCAAUGGAUUUGCUGCCUUGCCACCCUCUUACCAGCUCUGCUUCAUUCCUGUCUGAGGAGGCUCACUGUCUGCCUGCUACUGUGCCAGCACCUCUUCUGAGACCCUGACUGCCUUCUUUACCUGUGCAGAAUGCCUUCCUGCCCCUCAGUGCUCAUAUCAUCUCAAGGGCUCAAGAUCCAGGAAAUCCAUUCACCACUCUGUAGAGUUAGCAGGGAUCACUGCACCAACACACCUGCUAUUCCUCAUGUCUUAUUACAGUUGUUUUGAACAUGCCAAUUUCCAGUGCACAGCUACAGCUGUGUGGUCAGUAUGUUAUUACUGAAAAACAACAAAAUGAUUCACAGAUAUUUUGGAGCCAUUUCUUCUCUGUUAUGCUCUUGAUAAUAAUCAAUCUUGAUUGUUCUGACAGUUCUCAGUCUUUCCUUUCCUGUGUCAAUGAAGAUGAAAGAAAACAUUAGUGCAGAGAAGAUGCUGUUCUACUCAAUGAAAAGCUAGUGAAUGUAAGGGGAGGAUGGCAAAAAAACAGAAUCAGCUGAGUGUCACUCAGUGUUUCUAGAUGUUUUAAUUUGAACUAGAGGGAAAAUUCUUAGAAGUAGAUCCAGCUUGCAAGGAAAUAGAAUGGGAGUGAGUCAUAGG